AUGAGCUCCGGAGGAACACGCGUGUACGUCGGCGGACUCGUGGAGGGUAUCAAAAAGGAGGAUUUGGAAAGAGAAUUCGAUAAAUAUGGCAAAUUAAAUUCCGUGUGGGUCGCACUUAACCCCCCAGGUUUUGCUUUCAUUGAAUUUGAGAACAUGCAAGAGGCGGAGGAUGCCUGUAGUGCAAUGAACGGCUUCGAGAUGUUAGGCGCGACAUUAAAAGUAGAAUUGUCGAGAAAACGUGAUGGUCCGCGUCGCGGCGGUGGUAACUUCAGGGGCGGCCGAGGCGGUAACUUCCGAGGGCGCCCGUUCGGCGGCUCGGGCGGGUUUAGGUCCGGGGGCUUCGGGGGCGAAGGCCGGAUACCUUUCAAACGCAACAACCAGGGUAGCGGCUACGGCUCAGGAAACGGCGGCGGCGGCGGCAACUUCAGAUCUAGGUCACCACUCUCUCGAUUUUAA